AUGGAGGUAUUCGAUCAGAUGAAGAUGAAGCAUCAGUAUGGUAUUGUUUUCUAUAAAUUGAAUGAUAACAAUACACAGAUAGUUGUUGAUAAGACCUUUGGUACUGGUACACCAUUCAACACAUUCCUCUCGGAACUUCCUUCCACCGAAUGUCGCUACGCAUUAGUGGAUUUCACCUACACCGACAACACUCUCGAGAAGAAGAAGUUAGUCUUUGUAUCUUGGUGUCCAAGCCAAUCUAGUAUCAAGUCCAAGAUGAUAUAUACAGCAUCAAAGGAUGCACUCAAGAAGGCUUGUGUUGGUAUCCAAGCUGAGAUCCAAGGAUGUGACAUCUCAGAGGUACAAGAGGAAUGUUUCAUCGAGAAGAUAAAUAGAUUAUAA